AUGGCUCAGGCAACGGCAGCUCUCUCUCUUCUGCUCCUACUACUUUACCUCAAUUCAGAUGGAAAUUCGGUCGUGGCUAAUGAACAGAAAACUUGGUGUGUAGCCAAGCCAUCGUCAGACCAAGCGACUUUACUAGCAAAUAUCAAUUACGCAUGCACUCACGUGGAUUGCCAGAUUAUACAAAAGGGUUGCCCUUGCUUUUCCCCAGAAAGUCUCAUAAACCAUGCAUCAGUAGCCAUGAAUCUGUAUUACCAAUGUAAGGGAAGGAACCAUUGGAAUUGCGAUUUCAGGAACUCUGGCCUCAUUGUCGUGACCGAUCCAAGUUACAGUAACUGCAUCUAUGCCUAA